GUUCAUUCAAAGACGAUCGCCAACUUGUGAGUGUACGCCUCUCAAUACCGCCUGCUUUUUUUUCGUCGCAUCUCUGGCCGCUGCAGGGAUUUGGCACAGCCCAGAGCCCGCAGAGGAUGGCGGUCCUUCAAAUAACAUUGCUCUGGACCUGAACCCGAAAGAGCUCGUACAGCCAAGAGCGAUCUGCACACUGUCUGCCGCAUUGUCGCAGAAUCGCGAUCGCAGCUGAAUCUCCCCGCCCGCCGCGCGCGAGGCACCAUGGAAAACCAUGAGGAUGACAGCACCAGAGUAACAGCGCUCUGGCCGGAUCCGCCACCCUUCUGGCGCUCCUUCACCCCGCAGAAUCUGGCGCGUUACGCCCAGUUGAAGGAGGAAUACGCCCAGCAGCGGGGCAUAAGCAGCGAUGCUGUGACAAGGAUUCCCGACGUCCCGGACGACCUUGCCUAUCUCCAGCCGCCACCUGAGCCGCAGGAUGGGAAAUGGAAGUCGUUCAGCGAGUUGGAAACGCUCACUCAAACGCUCCAGAGUCUCGAGGAUGCCGGCAUCCAACGGCUGGGCCAGGUCACCGAAACAGACCGGGACAGCACGCACCUGGACCGCGGCUUCGAGCUCAAAAAGCUGACCAGGUCGAUCCUGCUCAACUACCUCGAGCUCAUCGGCCUGAUGGGCUACCGCCCGGACCACGCCGCUGAGAAAGUCCAAGACCUCAAAACCCUCCUGCUCAACUUCCACCACACCCUCAACGAGUACCGGCCGCACCACGCGCGCGAGCAGCUCAUCCACAUCAUGCAGGAGCACCUCGAGAGCAAGCGGCGCGAGACGGCGGGGAUCCGGAGCGUGGUGGACAAGGCGCGGCGCCUGAUCGAGGGGCUGGCCAGCAUCCAGGUGCCGCCGCUCGAGGCCGACGACGGCGGGAAGGGCGACGGCGAGGCGGACGGGCAGAACCCCGCCGCGCAGAGAGAGGUGGCCGCGUGGGUUGGCGUGGGCGCAGAAUUUGCAUGAUGACGUUUGUCGCAUGUACGCUGCUGAUGUAACUCGGGAGAUCUAAUAAACGGAAUUUAUGAAGCGAACCAAGAUGUGGGCAAAGACUUCUCUUCGUGGCUGAUCGAUUAGCGUGAGGAAUAACAUUCACGUAACAUCACAGCACAACAAGCGAAGCAUGUGU